AUGUCACAGAUUUUAUCAUAUGGUGGUGUGAAUUUAUACCAGGAAGAUUUGAAAUUAUUGGAGAAGGGAAAUUGGCUGAACGAUCGGAUUUUAUCGUUUUGCGCCGAAUAUUUGGGAGAAAAAUAUGAAAAUGUGCAUAUUUUUGGGCCGCCUGAAGUUGAAAUGAUCAAAAUGGCCCCGGAUUCGAGAUUUGUUGCUGAAUGUUUUGGAUCGAUUGAUUUUGAUGGGAAGAAUUUAGUGAGUUGGAAAAGGUUUUGCUCGGGAAAAUUGAUGUAAAAAAUUUAUUUUAUUGUUCAAAAAUUCAUGAAAUAAAUCCUGAAACAGUUUAAAAUCGCUUUUAUCUCAAAAAAUUCUAAAAAAUCUUAUUUCAACCAUAAAAUCAAUCUUAAUUUAAUUUAAGGUUUGCUUCAUGCUAAACGACAAUUCGGACGCCUCAAAAAUCGCCGGCGGAUCGCAUUGGACACUUUUAGUCUAUUCAAAAAUUUCGAAAAAAUACCUGCAUCUAAACUCCGCCCCAACCGCAAAUCAAAAUUCAAUCUGGACUCGAAAAAUCGCCAGAAAUUGCAUCGAACUUUUUCCUGAUUCCAGCCUAGAAGUUCGGGAAACACCGUGUCCUUCGCAGAAAAAUGGAGCAGAUUGUGGUGUUUUUGUGAUGGAAUUCGCUAGAUUUUGUGCUGAAAAUGGGGAUUUGUCGGAAAUUUCAGCGCGACUGAAAUCGGAGAAAAUUAGCGAGCAAAGAAUUUGCUGGAAAAAUUUGAUACUUGAAUUAGGCUCGAAAUAA